AGCGCGAGCGAGAAAGAGAGAGAGAGAGAGAACGCGCGCGGCGUGUCGGAGUGCAUUUCCACGUGCGCUGCUGCGCGGAUGCUGAAAUCGUGGCUGCGCGUGUGUGUGUGUAUGUUUGUGUUUGUUUGUUUGUUUGUUUGUGUGUGUGUAUGUGAACAACAAACAGCUUCAGCUUCAGCAGCGUUAAGGCUUUAAGGCUCCAGGCACCAGGCAUGUCCAAUCCCGCGCACGACCCGUUCUACGCCUCUCCGUUCGGGCCCUUCUACCGGAGGCACGCGCCGUACGCGGUGCAGCCCGAGUACCGGAUCUACGAGCUGAACAAGCGGCUGCAGGCCCGGACUGAGGAGAGCGACAAUCUGUGGUGGGACGCGUUCGCUACCGAGUUCUUUGAGGAGGAUGCCACGCUGACUCUCUCCUUCUGCCUCGAGGAUGGACCAAAGAGAUACACGAUCGGCCGGACCCUGAUCCCUCGCUACUUCAGCACGGUGUUUGAGGGAGGAGUGACAGACCUCUACUACAUCCUCAAACACUCCAAAGAGUCGUUUCACAACUCCUGCAUCACCGUCGACUGCGACCAGUGCACCAUGGUCACGCAGCACGGCAAGCCCAUGUUCACCAAGGUGUGCACAGAGGGACGUCUGAUCCUAGAGUUCGCCUUCGACGAUCUGAUGCGGAUCAAGACGUGGCACUUCACCAUCAGGCAGUACCGCGAGCUCAUCCCACGCAGCGUCCUCGCCAUGCACGCUCAAGAUCCUCAGGUUCUGGAGCAGCUUUCCAAAAACAUUACCCGAAUGGGUCUGACUAACUUCACGCUCAACUACCUCAGGCUGUGUGUGAUCCUAGAGCCCAUGCAGGAGCUCAUGUCCAGACACAAGACGUACAGUCUCAGUCCCAGAGAUUGUCUGAAGACGUGCCUCUUUCAGAAAUGGCAGCGUAUGGUGGCACCUCCAGCCGGACAUCCACAAAACUUCAAAACGGAAAUCUUCCCCACAAAUCACAAGAAAGAGCCUACUCGACAGACCACAACAAAGAGAAGGAAGAGGAAGAACUCGGCCAGCAGCACGUCUAACAGCAGCCUUGGCAACAGCACAGGCAGCAAGAAACGCAGUCCGGCCAACAGUUUCAACCUGAGCAGCCAGGUACCUGACGUGAUGGUAGUGGGUGAGCCCACUCUGAUGGGUGGCGAGUUUGGUGACGAGGACGAGCGGCUGAUCACACGGCUGGAGAACACGCAGUAUGACGCCACCAACGGCCUCGACGACGACGACGACUUCACCAGCUCGCCAGGGCUCAACAACAGCAGACCCUGGGCUAAGGCGCCGCCUCCGGGCCAGGACAGCAAAACCGAGAGCACGGCCUCGCAAGCCUCACAGUAACCAAGACACGGUUCCAUCUUUCUCUCGCACUCAUCCUCUUUUUGUCUCUGACCUUACUUUUAAGAUUCCUAUCUCCUGGCGUCCAAGGCGUCCAUUUUUCACAACAGACUCCGAUGCGUUCAGCGUUGCACAGCACUGAGAAGGCGAAUGACAGAAAUGCACAUUUUCCACACAAGAGAAGAGAAGACUGAUGCCUGAGAUGUUCAGCUGAUAAACUGCACAUGGUCGCUAAGGUAGCAAUACAUGUCCAUGGUGACUCCUGUCCAAUAGGUGAAGAGAUUACUCGUCCAUCAUCGGAAAGCCACUGAGAUCUGAUGCACAUUUGCAUCUGUAUCAUUUUUUUUUAUUAUUAUUUUUAUUUUUAUUUUGAUCAUUAUUUUCAACACAACAAACUAAUAAGUCUUAAAUUACAUCCUUUUCCAUGCUAGAAUGAGGUUAGGACA